GUAGAUCAGUUCUUGGACUCGGCUGAGACGAUUGUACUUCGGUGUCAUAAGGCGUAUAAGGAUAAGAGUGAGACGUUCAGGGUGGUCAGAGCGAUAGUAAAUGCCUUGCCAAGUGGAGUAGCGGAGAAAGUGAUCUCUGAAGUGAAGAGGGAGGCGAGGUCAAAGCGUGGCUCUUACAGAGACGUCAGUGAGGAGGAUUGGGAGACACUUUUACCCUUCUCUCUGGAGGUGGGAGAUGUGAUUACGGACGGUAUCACAGUGGUGGACAUCAUCAGAGAUGUCAGCAGGACCUCUGAGGACACCACCAGGAGAGAGACGGACAAGGUGGCGCUAAUAGCUCCGCCGACGAGUCAGCAGGGGGUUGGGAUGGCGGCAUCACAAGGAUCGGGUAGUGCAACUUCUACACAUCCCCCAAAGCAGUCACUGGAGUCAUGGGCAAGAGGUUUCAAAGCCUCGUUCGUUGUCACAGUCAAGGAGUUGAACGAACAGGAGAUAAAGAAGACUUUCCAACCAGAUGACUGGAGACCUUUGCGUAGUAGAGGAAAAGGCCAGGGGCAGAAAGUCGGAAAGGUGGUUGGGGCAGUUGUAGGGUAUAGCGAUGAGGUCAAGGGCAAGGCGUUGAUGGCCAAAGUCGCUGGGGAUGACCAACUGAAGCAGAAGUUCAGG